GCUUAUGCGGUGGCCACACUUUUGUUAUUAACAUUUCUGUUCAACAAAAACAUUAAUAAACAUUAGUAAAAGUGCAAUUGUUAGUGCAAUAAAGACAGUUCAUAUACAGAAACGUAGUCGAGAGCAGCUGGUGACCUCCACCGGUGACAUAGUAGCCUGUGCAAUUUAACUAAUAAGAUUAGGAUUUACUUAGUAUCUUUUUUUUUUAAAUUUAACGCUUCCGAUGUCGGAUUCGCUGAUCAUUUGCGUUUCCGACUACUGGCGGCGAUGUCAUUACCACAAUCGUCAAAAUCGUGAAGCCGGCGACGCCUGGCCAGAAGCCAAACCGCUGCGGAGGCUGUGCAUCGAUGUGGACGCCAUCAAUGGUAAUUACUAUCUUCGCGAGUUCCUGCACCAGCACGUGCUUGCCCAGAGCCUUAUGCACAAUCAUGGUGUCCAGCUGGUCUGGCUGCAAUUCGAGGAACCGGAGAAGCACACCAUUGACUACAAAUUCGCCGACAUGCUGGCACACACGCUGUGGGAGCGCAUCGAGGUGGAGCACCUCAUGUCCUGGCUGUCCACACUGGGCGGCGGAUUCUCCGCCCUUGGCGAGCAGUUCGAGCGAUGUGCGAAAACGGCUGGCAAGAUUUCGCUGCAGCAGUUAAAGAUUGGCAUGCGACUCGGUGAUCCCUUCCUGCAGACGCGCUGCAAGCUCUACUACAGCAUUUCGCUAAUCCAGCGUGGUCAACUACGGAUGGCGAAGCAUUUGAUCCGACAGCAGUAUAAGUUUGCGAGUAGAAACAUCGAGAAGGAUGUGCGCCUGAUGCGGAUGUGUCUGGGCAUUUGGCGGCGACUUAGCUACGAGUACGAGCAGCGAAGACUGCGGAAAGGUGGCAACUAAGUUGGACUUGGAACCGCAGAUUAUUUCGAUCAAAAAACUAAAAAUUGUAAAUUGCAUUAGGUGGUCACGAUUCGAGCGUCGAUCGUGUUUUUUUUCCUCUUUUGUUAAGCAAAAGUCAAAUAUAGUUUUCAAUUUAUUUAUUUAAUAUGUAAUUGUAUAUACGU